AUGACCUGCUCUCGGCUGUGCUUCCUUCUCGCCUUCGCGUCCUGCCUAGCGGUGCUGGCGCGGGCUGAGGCUAACCCCAAGGCUGACCCAAGCCCCGCCGCUCACCCUAGCCCUGCAGCUGACCCGACUCCAGAAGCCAGCCCUGACCCAGGAGCUAAUCCCAGCCCGGUUGCUGACCCUGUCCCUGACCCCAAAGCUGACCCUACCCCUGCUGCUGACCCCGAAGCUGACCCUACCCCUGCUGCUGACCCCAAAGCUGACCCUACCCCUGCUGCUGACCCCGAGGCUGACCCUGCUGCUGAUGCUGACCCUGAGGCUGACCCUAGCUAUGCCGUGUACCCUACGCCUUGCUACCCGCGCGUGCAUUACGUCACGAAGUACCAGACGCAAGUACAGGAGCUACCAGUGUACAAGACCGUUUACAAGCACCAGUACGUCCCCACAACCCUGUACCACACCCAGUACAACACCCAGUACCACACCGAUUACGUCACCAACUAUAUCCCGAAGUACAUCACGAAGUCAGUGUACAAGACCAACGUACAGUACGUGACGCAGUACAAGACCCACUACUUCACUGAUUACCACACUGCGUACGUCACACAGACUCAGCUCGUGCCGCAGUACUUCACCAAAACGUACUAUCAUACCCUGUACAAAACGCAGGUGGCUUACGAGCCCGUCUAUAAAACGCAGUACGUCCCCGAGUACGUCACCAAGACAAAGGUACAUUACCACACUCAGUACCAGACGCAGGUGGUACCCCAGUAUUUCACCGUCACGAAGACUCAUCACACUUACAAGACUGUGUGUCCCAAGCCUGCUUAUUUGUACUGAAGAUGAGAGCGAAAGGAGGAAGGGGAAGAGAUGGAGGGUGAUAUUGAUGCUGGAGAGAAAGAGAUGAGAAUGAGGGUGAUGCUGAUGCUGGAGAGAAAGAAGGUGAUAUAGAUGCUGGAGAAGAAGAGAUGAGAAAGUAGGUGAUGCCGAUGCUGAAGAGAAAGAGAUGAGAGGGAAGAAGAUGUUGAUGUUGGAUAAGAAAAGAUGAAAUGGAAGAAGAAAAAAAAUGUAUAAUCGCGUCACGACGAAGAAAAAGAAAAGAAACUAAACAAAAAUGGAGAGAAAUAAUGUAAAGCUGAAGAGGAAAAAGAAACGAAAAAGAUGAAAGAAAAUCAAUGCCCACGCUACCUACCCCUUCCCCCCCUCCCCCCAUUAAACACCUGGAUUACCCCCUACCCUACCCCCCUUUUCCUCCCACCCUUUAUAACCCUUUACUGUGAGACUCAACGAUAUAUAAUCUUGUAUUUUCUUGCAUAUUCAUACCUAGCUUCACGUAUUUAUAUUUUAAAGAGAAAUAAUGGUGAACUUUUUUGCUAAACGAAUUACCUGUGCAUUCUAGCUUUACUUUCAUCUCAUAUCUGUAUCUGCAUUUUUUAAAUCUUAUUUAAAGCUUACUUAUUUACUUACUGUGUGUAUAUAAUGUAUAAGAUGUGUA